GAGUUUACCCAGCACUAUCACAAUUUGAUUGUCAUCAUUCAACAACGCCGAACAACUAAAAGAUUUGCAAAAUGUUUCGCAAUCAAUAUGAUAGUGAUGUCACAGUAUGGAGUCCACAGGGUCGCCUGCAUCAGGUGGAAUACGCCAUAGCCGCUGUUAAGCUGGGCACCGCAACGGUCGGCUUAAAAAACAAUGAUUAUGCAGUUCUCGUUGCGCUCUGCAAACCACCAUCGGAGCUAUCUGCUUCUCAGCGCAAAAUAAUUGCAAUUGAUGAGCAUUUGGGUAUAUCGAUUGCUGGCAUUACGGCCGAUGCGCGUGUGCUCAGCAAAUAUCUGAGGUCCGAGUGCUUGAGCUAUAAGCAUUCCUAUGGUUCAACUUAUCCCGUGCCGCGUCUCAUCACCACUCUUGGCAAUAAAAUGCAGACGACAACUCAACGCUACGAUCGCCGUCCAUAUGGUGUCGGUUUACUGCUGGCCGGUUACGAUGAGAAGGGACCGCACAUCUAUAAAGUGGAACCAUCCGCGAAUUAUUUCAACUGCAAGGCAAUGACCAUUGGAUCACGAUCACAGAGUGCUCGCACAUAUCUGGAACGUCAUUUGGCCACAUUUAACACAUGCACCAAGGACGACAUCAUUUGCCAUGGCAUUCAUGCCAUACGCAGCACACUGCCCAAUGAUGAGCUAAGCAAAGAUGACGGUGCAUCUCAGUUGAUGAUUACUGUUGCCAUUGUUGGCAAAGAUCAGCCCUUCAAGGUGCUCACUGAUGAGGAGAAUCUGUUUUAUCUGGACAUGGCCAAGAAGCGCGGCGCAACAAUGUUAUCGAAAUCUGGUCGGAAUGAUGAUGAUGAUGAUACUCCACCACCCAUUGCCGAAGACAAGCCUGAACCAGCAGGUCCGCGUGAUCCUCAAGUGGCAGUCGCUACCAUGGAACGUCCUUAAUAAAUCAUCCCCAUUUACUAUUUCGAUGUUUUAAUAAAGGUGUCUGAAAUAUUCUA